AUGUUUAAAAUCCGUGAAGAUGUCGAGGUCUCGUGUGCCAACACUCGCUUGGGAUUUGUGAAGCUGGCCAAAGAGCAGGGGGUCAUGCUCGUGCCUGGCUAUAUGCUCGGGAACUCUCAACUCUACCAGGUAGCGAAGGGAUUCCUCGGACAGCUCUUUGAGAACAUCAGCCGCCGGCUAAAGACCUCCAUCACUCUUUUCCAUGGACGAUGGGGCACGCUUCUGUUCCUCGGCCCUUCUUUGUCUGGGGCUGCGGUGCAGGAGUAUUUUAGGGUUUAG